ACAACAUACGAGCAAGAUGAUCUGAGCAUUGAGUAUUAUAUAAAAGGCAGAAGAAUAUCUCCAAAGCAUUACGUCUAAAUCCAGAAGCCAACCAAGCAGCCAACAUGAAGUUCGCAUUUGCCUUCGUCCUGAUCGCUUUGUUCGCGGUGUUCGCCGUUUCCCAGGCACUGCCCCAGCCUGAGGAGGCCGCCGCUUCCAGCAACGAUGGAGCCAGCGCCAAUACCAAGAUCGUGCUGGAGCUUACCCCGGAGGAGGCCGCCGCAAUCGAGGCAAUGGGAGGUCGUGGAUUCUGGUCAAAAUUGUGGAGUGGCGUCAAAACGGCCAUCACUGUUGGUUGUCAGCUGACCAACUGUAUGGGAUGAAGAUAGUUAGUGUUA